UGAUACUUAAAUUAAUCAUUAAGUAAAUUCCAUUUGAUAGUAUAAUCAAAAUAAAUAACAACACUAACAAAUGAUAGUUAAAUAAAAAGAAAUUCAUGUGUUCUUUGCAAACAAAUAAACUAUUGUUUUUAAUGAAAAUAUCAAGUAAUUAACAUAAAAAAUUUAGAAAUAAUAUUCUGAAAAUCCUCAUGAUAUACAAUUACAAACCAUCUUAGUUUAAAUUUACUAUAAAUAUUAAAAUAAUUACAAAAUUGCAUUAAAGAUGAUAAAAGAUAUAUUGUUAUAAGAUAAAUUACAAAUGGACGCAAGGCUAGAUUUAGCUGAAGUUAUGCUAGAAUUUAAUAUAGGCAGCAAAGAAGAUAUCUAAAAUUUAAUCAAUGAAUGUUACAACUUAGAUUCAAAUUAUUGGCGUACAUAUUUUACUCAUAUAAAAUACUACGAUUCGAUUGACUCAAAUGAUCUAUUCCUCAGUAAUGUACUCUAGAAAUUUCUUAUAAAAUUCCCAGAUAACAUAUGGCUGAAGGUUUAUCUGUUAUAAGUAUUAUCUGAUUCAAAUAAAUCUUAAUUAAAAGAAGAAAAUGCAAAAGAAAUUUUGGAUUCUGAGUUUCUUGACUAUGACUUGAUGAGAAGAUUAUCUUACUUUCUAAUGAAUGUAGGAUUUAAUGAUAAAGUUGUAUAGUUGUUAGAGUAAGGUUUAAAGUUAAAUCCCAAUUCUUUUAUUUGUUUAAAUAAUUUAGGAUACUUUAUGAAAACUAAUCAUAAAAACAAUCUUAAAUGCAUAGAACUUUGUAAAAAAGCUUUACAACAAAAUUGUAGAAGUUUGGCAACAUUAAAUAACAUAGCUUAUACAUAUUAAAAUAUGAAUAAUUACAAAGAGAGCACAAAGUACUUAAAAAAAUGCUUAGAUGUUUAUUCUUAUAGUCCUUGCUAGUUCUAAAAUAUUGCAUAUAAUUAUUAAGAAAUAGAAGAAUUUGAAAUGUCAUUUUAUUAUUUGUUAAAAGGAUUGAAAAAAUUUCCUAACUCUGCUAUCUUAAAUGUAUAAUAACAACUCAUAUUUUUUUAAAUAAGUGAUGAAGGAAUAAUAGACAAAGAAGAAUUCGAACUUCUUUCAUAAAAAAACUGUGAUUUAUAAUUAAAAUUAAAUGAGCCUUACUAUUAUAACACUCAUCUAAUAUUUAACUUAGUAUUUUAAUGA